CGAGAACUUACCACCGUCGGCAGCCAAAAUGGCACCAACCAAGAGCGAAGAGGUUCCGAAGGCCGUAGAUUUCAACCAGUUCAUGAACAAGGCCAGCUUGGCCUUAUCCAACCACCGCGUCAGCUUAGGCCGCCACUUAAAAUCCCGUCCUUCGUCCUCAGAGCAUCACGCAACGGAGAAACCCAAGUCCUCCUUUUCGUCGCUCGCAAAUAAAGCCUCGCCCUACCCUGACCUGAAGAAAUCCCAGCUGCAGCGCAAGAAGUUCUCGCAACCACGUGCCAUGGUCAAAGAUGAAGACGAUUAUGAAGAGGCGCCUGACAACUCAGGCAUAGGACACGUGCCCACGAGCAAGGAGGCGGCGGGCGACGCCAGGGCGGCUGAGACGAGGGACCUGAAGGGAAAGCUGCUGGGAAAGAGAGCGAUGGAGCAGAGGGAGGAGGCGCGGAAGAAGAGGGCCAGAGCUAAGGAGAACAGCGGUGACGAGGAAGAGGGGAGGAGCACGGCCGUCGGCAGAGGAAAGAAGAAGAAGGGGAGAAGCGGGGGUUCUGAAUGAAAGUGGCACACUCGUGGUAUGGCCUGUCGAACUUCGAAAGUGUGCAGCUUCGUCAGUAUGAGGGUCACCGAGCCUCACGACGUCGAGAGAGCCUUCGUUUGAGUCGGGUGGGAACGCUUAAGCCUGUCGAUCAAAGCACCGGCCGACUGGUAAGACUCCAGACUCGGAUCGGCCGAAAGCAUGUUGGAGGAGCGGAUGGCCAGCCUUUCGAGUGCGGUUGCAACCAGCAACUCUUCGCUUGCCACCCGGCGACUACCCUUUGUCUAUCAUCUAUGGCAGCGAUGGACACUUGUUCUAUGAACCAAAGCCCCCGAGGCAGAGGGUUUUGGGUCCCGAAGGCAUGGCAUCAGUUGCCUUUCGAAACGGGCUGGGCACAAUGGUUUAAUUCCGAGAACAAGAACGGAUACCGGGCUGUCCUGCAUGCGGUAAACAUCUCCAGGCCGCGUCAAGCGCGAGCUUCGUUGUCACGAUGUCACCGGUAAAGCAGAUGGACACUGCAUGAGCAAAACACGUGCUCUCGAGUUUGGCCCAGUAAAACGGGGGUCCCUUUGAGACCGGAAUCCGACGCGCCAAACCAUCCGGAACCAACAGGACUAGAUGAGGGUUCGUCUUCGAUAUGUCAGUCAACAAGGAAGGCAUGGCAUCACGGCUAUGUCUUGGAGAUCCCGGUCAGUGCAUGCAACUGGUGAGCCUGUUGGGAACGGCUGAAAGAAGUGGUGGGGAAGUCUAUUGUCUUACCGGGAUUCUAAGGCUACCAACUCUCGAGAUGGAGCACCCCAUGGCACCCUACGCAGAAGCUCGGUCCACUGAAAGCGACCGUCAUGCGCCCUCAUGCCUUGUCACGCCGUAGCACCUGUCUUAUUUGACGUUCGCGGAAAUAUUGGGUCUUUGACUUGAUAUGAGCUCUAAGGUGAGAACUUUCUCUUCCUAGGAACAAAAGAUGCAUCUCGUAUUUUCUGGCCGGGGUGGGUUCUCUUGUCUUGUGGUUCAAUUUCGAAUCCCCCGAAACAUAAAACAUAUGUGGCGCCUUCAUAUAGUGGUAAACGCUUAAGACCCACCGUUUAGAAACAACAACACGUUAUUUAGUAUUCGGUCUGAGUUAAUGGGCAGGUAGCUUC